AUGGCAAUCCCACAAAAUGAAGAAAAAAGUACAUUAGCCAAUGAGACACUAGCUCUAUUGGAAGUUAUUGACAAUGCAUUCAGUAUCUCAAGGCUCUUAGAUGCAUGCACAUUCUACUGUGAUGAUUCCAGUUGUCUGUCAGAUAAGUUGCUAGUCUGUAAUGGCAAGUCUGAUUGUGUUGAUCAGUCAGAUGAACAAAACUGCAAUGAAAGAGAAGACACUAGUCCUGCACCUACAGAGCAGCCUUUGAGGAGCAACUCAAAUAUAAUGCCAAUAAUUGUGAUAAUCAUAAUUGUGGUGUGUAUAUUAGGGGUGAUAAUUUUUGGACUCUGCCACUGUCACAUUUCUUCGUGGAUGUGUCAAGGUGACGAUUCUCGCAACCGAACACCAGAGCAUGAAAAUUUGCAUCCCAGUUCACAAACCAAUUUCUCAGAGGAUUUGUCUGGUAUUCCAGCUCAAGAACAGAGAGCAAUUGCGCAGUUCAAAGAAAAACAGACCCGUUUAAAAUCUAUACGGACAGACAUGGAAUUGGGUCUUCCACCAAGUAUUCCAAUAUCUGAAGAUGGAGAGGAGGGUUAUGUAACAAGUCAAAGGUUACUACAGUCAUGUGAGCGUUCUCACAAAGCAGACUGUCAAGCAUUUUGUCCUCCACCAAACAGAACCAUUCGUAAUGGGGAGAGUCCUUCAUCCUUGUGUCAUGCACAUUCUACACCCAACAGCAGCUUUCUUGGACUCUCUACCCAUAAACAAGCCACUCUUCCAACAUCGAUGGUGAUCACUUAUUGCUUUCUUAGUGGGACUAGGCGUCGAGAUUUUUUCUUUAUUUUUUGCUUUUCAUAUUUGGUUAACAAAAUUUUUGCUGCUUUCUUUCAUGUGGCAUGA